GUGAGAACGCGGCUCCCGGACGCGCCCUUUCCGGUGUCAGGGGUCCCGCUGUCUCGGUCUCCUGGCCACUUGGAGCCGCCCAGAAUGAAGACAUUCAAAUGUUGUUUUAAAUACCACCUAAAGCAGAAAGUUUUCAUCCUGUUUCUAACCCUAUGGCUGUUCUCCUUGUUGAAGCUUCUAAAUGUGAAACGCCUCCUCUUCCCUGAAAGAGGCAUUUACUUGGUUGAGUACUCCCUAAGUACCUCGCCUUUUGUAAAGAACAGAUAUACCCAUGUUAAGAAUGAAAUCGGGUAUGAGAUUAACUGUUCAGGUGUCUAUGAACAGGAACCUUUGGAAAUUGGCAAGAGUCUGGAAAUAAGAAGAAGAACCAUUAUCGACUUGGAUGAUGAUGAUGUCGUGGCAAUGACCAGUGAUUGUGACAUUUAUCAGGCCCUACGAAGCUACCAUGAAAAGCUUGUUUCGAGGGAGGAGAAAAGCUUCCCAAUCGCCUAUUCUUUGGUUGUUCACAAAGAUGCGAUUAUGGUUGAAAGGCUAAUCCAUGCUAUAUACAACCAGCACAAUAUUUAUUGCAUCCAUUAUGACCGUAAAUCAUCUGAUACCUUCAAAGUUGCCAUGAACAAUUUAGCUAAGUGCUUCUCCAAUAUUUUCAUUGCUUCUAAAUUAGAGAUUGUGCAAUAUGCACACAUUUCCAGACUCCAGGCUGAUUUAAAUUGCUUGUCAGACCUUCUCAAGUCUUCAGUUCAGUGGAAAUAUGUUAUCAACCUGUGUGGGCAGGAUUUUCCUUUGAAAUCAAACUUUGAAUUAGUGUCAGAGUUGAAGAAACUCAAUGGAUCAAAUAUGUUAGAGACAGUGAAACCCCCUAACACUAAGAUGGAAAGAUUCACUUAUCACCAUGAACUCAGACAGGUGUCUUAUGAAUAUGUGAAACUACCAGUGAGGACAAACAUCUCCAAGGAAGCCCCCCCUCAUAACAUUGAGAUAUUUGUCGGCAGUGCUUAUUUUGUUUUAAGUCGAGCAUUUGUUAAAUAUGUUCUCAACAACUCCCUCGUUAAAGACUUUUUUGCCUGGUCUAAAGAUACGUACUCGCCUGAUGAGCACUUUUGGGCUACCUUAAUUCGGGUACCAGGAAUCCCCGGGGAGAUUUCUAGGACAGCCCAGGAUGUGUCUGACCUACAGAGUAAGACCCGCCUGGUCAAAUGGAAUUAUCUAGAAGGCCUUUUCUAUCCCAGUUGUACUGGCUCUCACCUCCGAAGUGUGUGUAUCUAUGGAACAGCAGAACUAAGGUGGCUUAUGAAAGAUGGACAUUGGUUUGCUAAUAAAUUUGAUUCUAAGGUGGACCCUGUCUUGAUUAAAUGCUUGGCAGAAAAGCUUGAAGAACAGCAGAGAGAGUGGAUCACUUUAUCUUCAGAAAAGUUAUUUAUGGCUAAAACAGCCACAACCACAUUAUGAUAAAGUCCUGAUGGAAAUAAGGUUAAUAUGGAAUUGCAUGCUAUACCAUGGCCAGUACCGUUUGCGUUUAACCUUCCCAUAGUCCGAAAGGUGUCUACAAUUCCACACACAAGGGAAAGUGACCUGGCCUUUAGUGACAAUUAGUCUGUGGUUGGUUGGGUGUUUUUAUGUAUGUUUUUGCUUGUAAUCUCACUGAGCUAAAUGGGAGAUUUUCAACAGUGAGUAAUCUGGUAUCUAUUGAGUUCCUGCUAUAUGCCAGGCACUUUUUUAGAAACAUGUAGGAAUUGCAUCCAAGUUGUGAUGAGUUAUACAGUGCCCUCAAGGAGCUGUGGCUUACCCCGAUCACACAGCAACCUUAAUAUCUUAAGUUGUACACAUAACAGUCAGGGUCCCGCUGACGAAGUUGUGGAGUGUGCAGUAAUUAUAUAACCAUAAUAACCACCAGUUUCAGAGCAGUGUUGACGUACAGUGACCAACAUUCCACUUGCCUCUUAAUUCAGCUCCCUAGACUUUUCUUAACCAUUAGAAUAUUAGAAGGAGAGACUCUACUACCUCAGAAGAACUAAGAGAAUUGUCCAAUUUCCCGCUUGCCAAAAGCAUAACUUACCCUAUAGUACCUCGUUUAUUCAAUUCAGGGUUGGGUGACUCUGUUGGGGGGGCAUUUCUAGUGUAUGGAUGUUAGGGAGGUGGUGAAGUUAAGCCAGAGGAUUGGGACGGGUGG